CUCAGCACCCUCCUCGACUCACUUCAGCCUCCAUCCAAGAGUUGUCACCACUGCAUUUCUUCCUGAGCGAUAAAUAUGGCGGAGGAAGGGCUGGUGCAGUUCUUGGUGCUGGCAAAGGGUGCCAAGGGCGCGGCGUGCGUGGCGCUGAUCCAGCAGGUCCUCUCCAACAAGAAGCUCUUUGUCUUCGGGGAGCUCUUGGCGAUGCCCAACGUGCAGGCGCUCGCCGGCACACCCCACGAGCCCCACCUCCGCCUGCUGGAGACAUUCGCCUACGGUACCUACACCGACGCGCAGGCCAAGGCAGACCAAUUGCCCAAGCUUACCGGCGCACAGGUGGAUAAGCUACGAAUGCUGAGCGUGGUCUCUCUGGCCCACACGAGCAAGUUGGUCCCGUACGCCGCCAUGAAGACCGCGCUCGGGAUAGACAACAUCAGGCGGCUUGAGGACGUCAUCUUCGACACCAUGUACGCGGGCCUGUUGCAGGGCAAGCUUGACCAGCGACAAGCGGUGCUCAAGGUCAAGUACGCUAUGGCUAGGGACGUUCGGGUGGACGAGUUGACAACCAUGAUCGACAAGCUCGGCAGCUGGGCGAGCACGACACAGGUUCUCCUGGAGACAUUAGAGGGGAGCGUCACGCAGGCGGCGGAAUCACGAAAGAGUGAGGCACAGAUUGCCGAAAGCUUGGCGGCGGAGGCGGCGGAGGUGAAGAAAAACUUCAGCGAGAGCACGGGCAAGCAGCGAGAUGACGAUGGCUUCCACGACGUGGGCUUCGACAUGGAGGACCGAUCCGGUGGCAUGAGGAGGGGCAGGAGCAAGCGCAAUCGCGCCGGGAUGGACUUCCGCCCCCGAAACAAGUGA